AUGCAUGAUGAUUGGGUUCCAUGCCAAGUUCAUUUGCUUUCGGAUGAUACCGAUACUUUUCUCUGUAUAAAAUCAAAACCCAUACCUCUUAGCUAUGCUGAUGAAGACAAUAGGAGCACGUUGUCUGAUUUUUCAUUAACAAAUACGAUAAGCAGUCGUUUGAACUCUUCUUCAAGGCCAUUUACUGCUCUCUGUAACUUGAGCCAAUAUAAAUCAUGCUGUAUGAGAACGGUUUCAGUCCAUGACAAAGCUUUAUUUGCCCUAAAACUUGUACCUGCAGGAGUUUUAGGAAAUAAAAAACUUUUUCUUGCAACUGAUAAUGAAAAUGAGCUUACAACUUGGCUUUCGAUAUGCAAACCAUUUGUUGGUAAACGAGGCAAAUCUAAUGCUGGUAUUGGAAAGGACAGUUAUAACGUGACUGGCACCUUAAGUCACAUAGGAAGCCAAGACACACUGAAAGUUGAUUGUGAAUCAACCUUUGACCAAGACUUUGAGGGCGAUCUGAUGGAUAAUGAGGUUUAUGAGCCCUAUUCUUCAGGUAAUUUUCUGUAA